AUGAUGAAUUCAAAACUGUGUUCAAUCAGUUUACUUCCAUCUGAACAAAAUAAUGUUCCUUAUUUCAUCAGUGGUAGUGUUUUAGAUCAAGAGAAAGGAUAUGGCUAUCUCACAUUUAAUGAAUCAUUGUAUCAUGAAGCUGAGGCUUCUGGCAACUUAGAAGCCAGAAUAGGAUUUUAUCACCUAAAAAUAUUAGGUGAAGAUUGUUCUCAUCCUCCCAAAUACACAAUUUCAUGGCCAAUCACAUUUGAACACAUUCGAUCCGAUUUACCAAUCUGGUCUAGAAGGAGAUAUGAAUUCAACAUAGACUCACUGCAUCCACCCGGUUAUGAAAUUGGUAAAGUGACUGCUUAUUCAUCAACAAUCAAUGUAACUGAUGGUAAUCCACCUAUUGGUGAUGAUACAGGAAUGUGCGUUUAUACAAUUCAAGAUGCCAGUCAUUCAUUUGCAAUCAAUGGACAUGGUAAGGUGUACAAAGUGCUGGUUCAAGUUAUUUGA